AUGGAAAAGACCAUGAAAGUAGAAACUAUGCAGGACAAAAACUACUGGCUUAAUUAUUAUUUUUCUUCACAGUGUGCUGGGGAAGAGAACUGGGUAGACAAUCGGACAAUUUAUGUUGGGCAUCGUGAACCCCCUCUAGGUGCUGAAGCAUACAUUCUGCAGCGAUAUCCAGAUAACAGAAUAGUCUCAUCAAAGUACACCUUUUGGAACUUCAUACCGAAGAACUUAUUUGAGCAGUUCCGAAGAAUAGCAAACUUCUACUUUCUUAUCAUUUUUCUUGUACAGUUAAUUAUUGACACACCAACCAGUCCAGUGACAAGCGGGCUCCCACUUUUCUUUGUCAUCAUUGUAACAGCUAUAAAGCAGGGAUAUGAAGAUUGGCUUCGUCAUAAAGCUGAUAAUGCAAUGAAUCAGUGUCCUGUUCAUUUUAUUUGUCAUGGCAAACUGGUUCGAAAGCAGAGCCACAAACUAAGG